AUGGUCGUGUACCCCAACGAGUUCGCCCUUCAAUCGUCGCUGGCCGGCGCCGGCUGCCCCGACGGCGCCAACGGCAUCAGCGUCGCGGCGCACCACGUCGUCGCGCAGGCGGCCCCGGACUUCCGGCUGCUCAUGGGCGUGCUGACACUGCCGAGCCGGUACGAGCGGCGGCACCUGCUCCGCACGGUGUACGCGCUCCAGCAGGCGAACCUGACGGCGCGCGUCGACGUCCGCUUCUUCUUCUGCCGGAUCGAGUCGGACGAGCAGCGCCUGCUGGUGGCGCUGGAGGCGAUGCGGUACGGCGACGUGGUGGAGCUGGACUGCCCGGAGAACAUGGACAACGGCAAGACGCACUCCUACUUCUCCAGCGUCCCGGCGCUCUUCGGCGACGGGGCGUACGACUUCGUGAUGAAGGCCGACGACGACACCUUCUUCCGGCUGCCGCAGCUGGCGGAGUCGCUGGGCCGCGCGCCGAGGAAGGACCUCUAUUACGGCUGCAUGGUGCCGUGCGACUACGUGCGCGGGUGGAACGAGUACAUGUCCGGCAUGGGGUACGUCAUCUCGUGGGACCUCGUGGAGUGGAUCGUGGCGGCGGCGGACCAGAUCAGGAACCACACGGUCGGGCCGGAGGACAGGACGCUCUACUCCUGGUUCAGCGGCGCCGGGAAGGCCAAGAACCGGGUGGACGUGAAGCCGGCCAUGUACGACUUCCCGCAGCGAGGCGCCCCGUGCGCGCACGAGCUCGUGCCGGACACCAUCGCCGUGCACCGGCUCAAGAACAACUUGAGGUGGUCCACCACGCUCAGGUACUUCAACUUCACCGCCGGGCUCCAGCCCUCCAAGUUCUAUCGCUUCGUUUGA